AUGGACAUGGACAACGGUGCAGGUGCUCACUCUCUUGUCCUCAACUUUACUGUCCAAUCGCAGUCCAGGCCAGGACAGCCCCAGUGUGAAGUCCAGGGCUCAGUGGACAAAGAGCCUUUUUUUCAGUAUGACAGUGACAGCAACGAGGUCAAACCUUUGGGUGUCCUGGGAGAGAAGGUAAAGGCCACAAAAACAUGGACAGAAUUACCCCAAAUGCUUCAAGAUGAGGGGAAAGAGCUCAGGAUGAUCCUGGCUGCCAUAAAACUGGACAGAAACAAGACCAGGGGUCCCCCCACCCUGCAGGCCGAGGCGUCCUGCCGGUGUGAGGGAGAACAGUGCACUGCAGGGCCCUGGAAGUUCAGCUUCAAUGGAAAGACCGCCCUCCUCUUCGACCCAAGAAGCAUGAACUGGACAUUCGUUGAUCCUGGAGCCAGUGGCAACAAGGAGAACUGGGAGCACCUGGAGGAGGAGUUCAAGAAGCUCUCCAAGGGACACUGCAAGUGCUGGCUUAGGAAAUUCUUAGUGCACUGGGAGGGAGUGCUGGAGCCCACAGCACAAGAGUUCCCACCUUCACUAAGCAAUGAUCCAGGCAUCAGGGACUACCAGAUGGCCCCAAAUCUCUAUGCAUUAUAA